AUGGGUUCAGGGGCUUCUUCUCGCCGCCCAACGACUCUGCGCGCGAGCAUCACCUUGGUCCUUCAUGGCCUCGGCAACCUUGACGAAACCGGCAACGUUGGCGCCCAUGACAAGCGAUGGGAGCGAGCCCUUGUUGGUCUCGGCAGUGUAAGCGGUGGCAGUCUCGUAACAGGUGUUGAAGCAGUUGACCAUGAUGUCCUUGAGCUUCUGGUCGACCUCCUCGGCGGUCCAUUGGACUCUCUGGGAGUUCUGGGCCAUCUCCAAGCCAGAAACGGCAACACCACCACAGUUGGCAGCCUUACCUGGAGCGUACCAGAUAGCGUCACCAAUAGAGGAAGCGCUCUUUCUCUCGGCCUCGAACACGUCGAUGGCGUCCUGGGUGGAUCCCAUGUUGGAUCCCUCGGCAAUGUACUUGCAGCCGGCAGCAACAAGAGCCUUGGCCUCCUCGCCAGAAACCUCGUUCUGGGUGGCAGAAGGAAGAGCAACGUCGACCUUUCCGACAUGGACCCAAGGUCUAGCACCCUCGAUGUAUUGGACCUUGUUGGCGGAGAAAGCAGAGUACUCGCCAACAACCUCCUUCAAGGACUUGAACUUGACCUUGGCGUCGGCAAUGGCCUCGAUGUGCUCCUUGGUGAUUCCGGUUUGGGAAAUAAUAGCACCCUUGGAGUCGGACAAAGAAACAACAGUUCCGCCAAGCUCGAUAACCUUCAAAGCAGCGUACUGGGCAACGUUACCGGAACCAGACACGGCAACUCUUUUGCCAGCAAAAGACUCCUUACCGUUGGUGGCCUUCUCGAUCAUCUUCUCGACGUAGUACACCAAACCGUAACCGGUGGCCUCUGGUCUGAUCAAAGAUCCACCCCAGGAAAGACCCUUACCGGUGAGAACUCCCUCCCAUUGGUUUUGCAUCUGCUUGUAGGCACCGAACAUGAAGCCGAUCUCACGGCCAGUGGUACCAAUGUCACCGGCAGGAACGUCGGUGAACUGGCCAAUGUGUCUGGCCAACUGUCUGAUGAAAGCGGUACAGAAUCUUCUGAUCUCGUUGUCGCUCUUACCCUUAGGGUCGAAGUCGGAACCACCCUUACCACCUCCCAUGGAGAGACCAGUGAGAGCGUUCUUGAAGAUCUGUUCGUAACCAAGGAACUUCAAGAUGGAAAGGUUGACACUUGGGUGCAGUCUCAAACCUCCCUUGUAUGGGCCGAGAGCAGAGUUGAAUUGCACUCUGUAACCUCUGUUAACGUGCAUCACUCCCUUGUCAUCCUCCCAGGUGACUCUGAACUGGAUGAUUCUCUCUGGAACAGAAACAACAGGAAUGACUCUCUCGCUUGUUCGAAUUCUGGCUCUUGUGGUUGGACCAUGUUGUUGAAUAUGAAGACCUGUAAUGGCGGAAGAAGGCGUAUUUAUGUUCUCGAAGCCGCACACCACUGA